AUGGCUCAUUCGCCACCGCUCACUCCUCCGUCAUCGCCGAGUUGUAAAGGUCCACCAUCGGCACUCUCAUUUCAUGGAGUUCAUCCUAUAGGUACACCCAGCGCAAACUGCUUAGCGGAUUGCCUUGGGGUUUCGCCGCUUUAUCGCCAACAAAAUUCGGCUCGUUGGCAAAGCGCAGCACAAAUUUACAGAAGUUAUCAAAGCAGCCGGACACAUAGUCGUGCCCACAGCCCAGCACCGGAUGGAUUUCACGAAGCAUUCAUAUAUCCGCCAAGUUUGACUCCAGCAUUAAUAUCCGAUCAUCUUUCCACUGUUCACAACACUUUCGGAACACCACUUUCUCUCGUUGAAAUAGGUCGCGCUAAUCGAAAACGUCAUGCUGAAGCUGGUGAUGCACUAAAUGAACAAAGUGUUGGAGGUCCUUUAGAAUUAGAAGCUAUAGCCGCCGUGCACGAACUCUCGGAUGAAGUACGCUCAAUUGCUGUCUCAGAAAUCUUACCGAGAACAGCCGAUUUGAUUUUCGUAAAUAUCAAAACUGUUGAGGGUCAUCCUUAUACGUUAGAAUUAACAAUGAAAGGAUGGCGGAUUGCAUCGUUGCAAUGUGAUAGUAUGAAUGGAGAUUAUAAACGGGUUGAAUUGCAUGCGAAAUAUUAUGACAAUGCCAGGCAACUUCUUGAAGAGAUUUCACCAGCACAUUCACAGUACUUUACCAAAUGUCUGACUGAAAAAUUAACUCAACUUCAUGCUUGGAGGAAAGCUCAGGAAGAAAUGGAAGAUGUGGAUGUAGAGUCACCUAACAAACAAACAGAUAAAGCUUCAACUAGCUCGAAAAAAGAAACAAAAGAAAGUGAUGAAAAUGACGAUUUGUCAGAUGAUGGUCUCGUAUUCACUGUGAACGAAAGUAGUAAUAGGUGAAGUGUUCGAUUGCCUUCCUCCCUUCACAAACGUUAUUUUGUAAAUUUUAAGG